CUUUCUUGAUGUAUAUGUUUUUUUGUGAGGUGUUUUAAGCUGGUUAGACCGGGCAUUUUUUUAAUGCAUUUUAAGAAAAAUAUUAAAAAUAAAAUAAACAUAACUAACUAAACAUAAGAAAAUACUUACAUCAUGGAUAUUAUAAUAGCAAAUGUAACUCAUAUCGAGUUCAAAAUCGAAAAAGAUCUAAAUGGACAAUUUGGUGCGCUUCCACUACCCUUUCCCGGAAUGGACAAAUCUACGGCAGCAGUUUGUCAAUUCUUCAAUUGUGCUGAUGGCUCAAUGUGUGACAAAGGAGCAGCUUGCCCAUUCCGACAUGUUCGCGGUGACAGAACUGUUGUCUGCAAGCAUUGGCUACGUGGUUUGUGCAAAAAAGGCGAUCAAUGUGAGUUUUUGCACGAAUAUGACAUGACUAAAAUGCCCGAAUGCUACUUUUACUCCCGAUUCAAUGCGUGCCACAAUAAAGAGUGUCCCUUCCUCCACAUCGACCCGGAAAGUAAACUCAAAGACUGUCCGUGGUAUGACAGAGGUUUCUGCCGACAUGGUCCCCAUUGUCGCCACAGGCAUGUGCGACGCGUGCUGUGCAUGAACUAUUUGGCUGGUUUCUGUCCAGAUGGAGAUGCUUGUAAAUAUAUGCAUCCGAGAUUUGAACUUCCAGCGCCGCCAGAGAUUCCCAAAGAUCAGAUGGUUAAGCGCUUACCCACAUGUCAUUAUUGUGGUGAAUUAGGUCAUAAGGCGUCUGGUUGCCCCAAAAUGCCACCGGAGCAAAGAGAAAUGACUAUACGACAGGAGGAACAACGUUUCCGUUCAAUGUCCUACUAUAAACAACAAGUGCAAAACUAUCAUCACUACCAUCAUCAACCACAUCAUCAGCAGCAGAAUAAUUCAAAUCCAAUGAACACAUCGGUGCCGGAUGAAAAUGCAGCUGAAGGUGGUGUUAAACAAGAAUCGCCACAAAAACCAAAUCCGAGACCAUUGGAAGAGAUAACUUGUUACAAAUGCGGCCAUAAGGGUCAUUAUGCUAAUAAAUGUCCCAAGGGUCAUUUGGCUUUCUUAUCCAACCAGCAUAAUCAUAAGAAAAAAGAGAGCACUUAACAUAGGGCACAUCAUACUUAGUAGAAAGAUUUCCAACUCCAUAUAGUCUUGGCUUAAAAACGAUAUACAUAUAUAUAACAGAAGAAAAACAGUAAUAUUAGCCUCCCCAGUUAUGUUAAUUUUUAUUUCGUAUAUAAUUAAAAAAAAAAGAGGAAUAAAAGAGAAAAUUAA